AUGGCGCCGUGCGGACGUGUCCGGAGCCGCUGCCCGGGCCCGGCGCUGCUCCUGCUGCUGGCGCUGGCGGCGCGGCCGGCGGCGUCCAGCCCUGCUGCCGGUGUUGCCGGUCCCGCCGGUGCUCUGCCCGGAGCGGGGCAGCCGGGGGGACCGGGCCCGGCUGCCCCGCGGAGUGCCCGUGGCGGCGGGUCGGGCAGCGGGUGGAAGCUGUCGGAGGAGGCGGUGUGCCGGGAGGACGUGGUGCGGCUCUGCUCCAAGCACAGCUGGGCCAACAACCUCGCCGUGCUCGAGUGCCUGCAGGAUGUCCGCGAGCCAGAUAAUGAAAUCUCUUCAGACUGCAAUCAUCUCUUGUGGAACUACAAGCUGAACCUGACUACAGAUCCAAAGUUUGAAUCCGUGGCCAGAGAAGUCUGCAAGUCCACUAUUGCUGAGAUAAAGGAGUGUGCAGAUGAACCAGUUGGUAAAGGGUUCUUGGUGUCAUGUUUGGUGGAUCACAGAGGCAACAUCACCGAGUACCAGUGCCAUCAGUACAUCACUAAAAUGACAGCCAUUAUCUUCAGUGAUUACCGGUUGAUCUGUGGCUUCAUGGAUGACUGCAAAGCUGACAUUAAUCUCCUGAAAUGUGGCAGCAUUCGACCUGGAGAAAAGGAUGCUCACUCACAAGGAGAGGUGGUGGCAUGCUUGGAAAAAGGCCUGGUAAAAGAGGCAGAGGAGACUGACCCUCGAAUCCAGGUUUCUGACCAGUGUAAGAAAGCAAUUCUUCGUGUGGCUGAGCUCUCUUCUGAUGACUUCCACCUGGACCGGCACCUCUACUUUGCAUGCCGAGAUGACAGAGAGCGAUUCUGUGAAAAUACUCAGGCUGGGGAAGGCCGAGUAUACAAGUGCCUCUUUAAUCACAAGUUUGAGGAAUCAAUGAGUGAAAAGUGCCGUGAUGCGCUGACCACCCGCCAGAAGCUCAUUGCCCAGGACUACAAGGUCAGUUACUCGCUGGCCAAGUCCUGUAAGAGCGACCUGAAGAAAUACCGCUGCAACGUGGAGAACCUGCCCCGCUCGCGGGAGGCCCGGCUCUCCUACCUGCUCAUGUGCUUGGAGUCUGCUGUGCACAGAGGUCGACAGGUGAGCAGUGAGUGCCAGGGUGAGAUGCUGGAUUACCGGCGCAUGCUGAUGGAAGAUUUCUCCCUGAGCCCCGAAAUCAUCCUGAGCUGCCGCGGGGAGAUCGAGCACCACUGCUCGGGGCUGCACCGCAAGGGCCGCACCCUGCACUGCCUCAUGAAGGUCGUCCGUGGUGAGAAGGGCAACGUGGGCCUCAACUGUCAGCAGGCACUUCAAACCCUGAUUCAGGAGACGGACCCCGGUGCCGAUUAUCGCAUCGACCGCGCGCUGAACGAGGCCUGCGAGUCGGUGAUACAGACAGCCUGCAAGCACAUACGCUCUGGAGACCCCAUGAUUCUGUCUUGCCUGAUGGAGCACUUGUAUACUGAGAAAAUGGUAGAAGACUGUGAGCAUAGGCUCCUGGAGCUCCAGUAUUUUAUAUCUCGUGACUGGAAGUUGGACACAGUCCUUUACCGCAAGUGUCAGGGGGAUGCCUCCCGCCUCUGCCAUACCCAUGGCUGGAACGAGACCAGUGAGCUGAUGCCUCCAGGGGCUGUUUUCUCCUGCUUGUACAGGCAUGCAUAUCGCACAGAGGAGCAGGGAAGGAGGCUAUCACGAGAGUGUAGAGCAGAGGUGCAGAGAAUCCUCCAUCAGCGAGCCAUGGAUGUGAAGCUGGACCCAGCCCUCCAGGACAAGUGCAUGAUUGACUUGGGGAAGUGGUGCAGUGAAAAGACAGAGACAGGGCAGGAGCUGGAAUGCCUUCAGGACCAUCUUGAUGACUUGGUGGCUGAUUGCAGAGACAUAGUGGGAAACCUCACUGAGCUGGAGUCUGAGGACAUUCAAAUUGAAGCCUUGCUGAUGAGAGCAUGUGAGCCCAUUAUCCAGACAUUCUGUCAUGAGGUUGCAGAUAACCAGAUUGAUUCUGGGGACCUGAUGGAGUGUCUAAUACAGAACAAACACCAGAAGGAAAUGAAUGAAAAAUGUGCAAUUGGUGUUACUCAUUUCCAGCUGGUUCAAAUGAAAGAUUUUAGGUUCUCGUACAAGUUCAAAAUGGCUUGCAAGGAGGAUGUGCUGAAACUGUGCCCCAACAUCAAAAAAAAGGUGGAUGUGGUGAUCUGUCUGAGCACAACUGUGCGCAAUGAUACUUUGCAGGAUGCCAAGGAGCACAGGGUCUCUCUGAAGUGCCGCAAACAGCUGCGUGUGGAGGAGCUGGAGAUGACUGAGGAUAUCAGACUUGAACCAGAACUGUAUGAAGCUUGUAAAAGUGACAUCAAGAAUUACUGCCAGAACGUGCCCUAUGGCAAUGCUCAGAUUAUUGAAUGCCUGAAAGAAAUCAAGAAGCAAUUGAGUACACGGUGCCAUCAGAAGGUGUUUAAACUGCAGGAGACAGAGAUGAUGGACCCAGAACUGGACUACACACUCAUGAGGGUCUGCAAGCAGAUGAUCAAGCGGUUUUGUCCAGAGGCGGAUUCAAAAAACAUGUUACAGUGCUUGAAACAAAACAAGAACAGUGAAGUGAUGGAUCCUAAAUGCAAGCAGAUGAUUACCAAGCGCCAGAUUACACAGAACACAGAUUACCGCUUAAACCCCGUGCUCAGGAAGGCAUGCAAAGCAGACAUACCAAAAUUCUGCCAAAAUAUCCUGAAUAGGGCCAAGGAUGAUACAGAGUUGGAAGGUCAAGUCAUCUCAUGCCUGAAGUUGAAAUAUGCAGACCAGCGUCUCUCUCCAGACUGCGAGGACCAAAUUCGAGUGAUAAUCCAGGAAUCAGCCCUUGAUUAUCGGCUGGAUCCCCAGCUUCAGAUGCACUGUUCUGAUGAGAUUUCCAGCUUGUGUGCAGAAGAAGCAGCAGCUCAGGAGCAGACUGGGCAGGUGGAAGAAUGUCUGAAAGUGAAUCUUCUGAAAAUAAAAACUGAGAUGUGCAAGAAGGAAGUGCUCAACAUGCUGAAGGAAAGCAAAGCAGAUAUCUUUGUUGACCCAGUGCUCCACACGGCCUGUGCCCUAGACAUCAAACACCACUGUGCUGCCAUCCCGCCAGGGAGAGGACGCCAAAUGUCAUGCUUAAUGGAAGCUCUGGAAGAUAAGCGUGUGAGGUUGCAGCCUGAAUGCAAGAAACGCCUUAAUGAUCGUAUUGAAAUGUGGAGCUAUGCUGCAAAGGUUGCCCCUGCAGAAGGCUUUUCUGACCUUGCCAUGCAAGUUAUGACCUCUCCAUCCAAGAAUUACAUCCUGUCUGUGAUCACGGUUGGUAUCUGUGUACUCUUCCUCAUCGGCCUGAUGUGUGGACGCAUCACCAAGCGGGUGACAAGAGAGCUCAAGGACAGGUAGAGCCUGGAUUGCCUGCUGAAGAAAUGCCUGCCCAGUGCCCAGUUUUGUACAGCCCUCCUCUGUAUAGUCUACCCACCCCCUCUUGUGAGAGGAGAAUUAAAAAAAAAAAAAUUAAAAAAAAAAAAAAUUAGAAAAGCAGCAGGUGUUGGCUCAGUUUUCCCAUCCUGGAUCUCAUCCAUGGCAUCUUCAUCCUAUGAAAGUUUGUGUGCAACAUUGGCAGCCCAGCCAGCAGCUUUUGUUACCCCUUUGUUAGCAGACUCUCAUUUACCUGCCUGUAGACAAGUCUCUGUUGUACUGUUGGAACUGCCUUCACUCUCCAAAUCAGACUGAUAUGACCUGCAGCUCAAGCAGUUUUUAAGUAAAUUUUUAAAGACAGACAUAUUCUGCAUACCGACUAUAUGAUUUAGGUAAUGGUUCAUACUGAAAUCUAGUCAUCCUCUGUGGCUGGGUGAAGUUGAGGCAGGAAAUUAAAGGGUAAAUUGCAUCUUACACCACAGCUGGCCUUGUUUUGGACGUCUUGCUCGUCUGUGUAAAGCAUCUUCAGAGCAUAGUCUUGGACAACCUAAGGACACCAACCACUGGUGUCAUCUCCUAGUGAAUAUCCUGCUUAUGUGACUGUGGAUUUUUUUGGCUGAAAAGAUGUCCUUCCUUUCUUCCUCUGCUGCUCGCAAGAUAGAAUAAAAUACUGACCAGGAUUGAAUACUCAUGUGAGCUAUACAACUUGUGUUUCAGUAGAUUAAAGGCACGAUGUAGACACGAGGUAUGUAGAGCCUGUCAGUAGUGAACAGUGUCAGUGGGCAGGAAGUGCUCUGAGCAGUUACUCAGUCAACUUUUUUAUUAGCAAUGAUGCUGUAAAAUUCUAACACUCCUUUUAUUUUACCUUGCUACUGCUAAGCUGUUACCCUCCCAAAUUAACUGUGUGUUGAUGGUACUGACACACUGGCAGUGCAGUGCUCUGUCAGUGAUGCAGAAAGCACCAGAACACCCAUCGUCCUCUCUCUGUGUAAUGGCUACUCGUGGGUUAGCACAGUGGUUUGUAAUGGUUUGCAUGGUAACACUGAAGAGUGGCUUUCAUCUCCACAACUACAAUUGAUGGUGAUAACACCUGGCAUGUUCCUGGGAUGUAGGACACAGGUGCCAGUCCUGCCAAGUGGAUGGAAGCAUGAUAGUGUGGUGUUGAUGAAAUCUAGAAGAUGCUGCACGAGAAUCAAUGUGUACAGGAGGAUUUGUUUUAUUCACCUUUAGGACAUGCUUACCCACGGGUGCUGUGGUAAAAACCAUGUGCCUGAAACUGUCCAACUUAGGCUGAUGCUUGAACCAUAACUUUAUUUUCCCAUUUAGCAUGCUCCUAUGUAAGAUCUGGCAUUUCCAGUUCUCCCCAUUGUUCUCUAGAAAGAACAGUGGAGGUGGUUUUGAGAUACUCUGGAGUGUGGAACAGCUGAUUCUGGUGAUACUGUACAAACAGAAUGGCAUAUACAAAGUACUGUGAGCUUUUGCUGUGACUUUUUGCUGAAGCUUUUUGCAAACAUACCUUCAUCCUGCUCUGAGGAUGGUGGCAAAGUAGUAUGGGUUCAGACUUGCUAUGUUAGUGAGUCUCACAAACACUUCUGGUUUUGUAGCAAAGUACUGUGAACACAAACAAGCAGCAGCAAAAGCCUGAGCAAUGAAGUUUCAGUGGAGAGUUAGUGUAUGGUAGGAUUGCAGUUAAGUGGUGAGGUAAAACUGAAUUUAAGCCUGAAUUGCUUCUCUUGCCCCUCCUCCCUGGUGCUAAGGGAGCUUGCCUGGCUGUCAGUCAGCAUGAAGCGGAGCAGAAGAGAAACAGUUAAUUUGGUCUCUUGAGGUAGCACAGGUGUGUAACUCCACAAAUAUUAGUUUGGCAAUUAGAAGUGUGUGUUGUAUCACUUGAGUGAGUGUUGAAAUGACUGCUGUCAAGAUGGGUGUGCUCACAGAGCUGCCAGCAAGGGAAGUGGGAUCUCGGUGCAGCCUUGCUUGCUGGCACGAGUCCUGCUUCUCCAAAAUGUCUAUCUGGCAUUAUUAAAUUGCCAUUGGAGGGCUUUUUUUAAACUGUUGUGACUUUUUGAGAAGACAUUUUGUAACUUGAUUAGCUUGAAAAGCCUAAUUAGAUGGUUUAUUGUCUAGAAAUAGCAUCUUCCACUAAAUUCCAAAAGACAUUGCAGUGAAAAUUGUAGGUUUGUAGCCAUAGCUCCAAAUGUAAACCCUGUUCAGCUCUGAAGGUGACUUUUACUUUCAGAUAUAAGGCUUGCUGGGGUUUUUUUCCCUUUUUAAUUUGGAGGAGGUUAUGGUAAGGGUGCCUGAAGCAUGGCAUUAGGAGUCUGUGCUCUGCAGUGUAUUAGUCUGUGGUUGGUGGUGUUUCUCCCGGUGUCAGGCUCACAGUUUGUGUGAGUGCACUGUGAUGCUGUUAGAGGUGUGUGGCCUAAGGCCUCUGGAAGAAAAAGUCGGAUACUAAAUAAACCUUUUGUCACAGUAGACACAGACCCACCUUUUAAAGGUUGGCAAGGGGUCCAGGCCAUUUUAUCAUUGAGUAUAUUAUCUUUUCAUGUUUUAAAAAGGGGUCUUCUACCACUGGUGAUGACCAAAUCUGCUUUUUUCCCUACUAAAAAUAUACCAGUCACAGUCUUGAAACAUUCUCCUCCUUUUCAUGCAUACCUAAAAAUCUAGAGGUUUUGCAAGCAGAGAAACCCACAGGAGUACUCUUCCAAAAAUAACCUGGUUGUGCUGUUGCCAACACAUCAUCUUGCCUGCAGGUAAUCAUUUUCCACUGCAGGGAAAGAAAGACUCAUAGAACAGUUUUGAGUUGGAAAGGACCUUAACACUCAUCUCAUUCCAACCCCUGCCUUGGGCAGCACAUCUUCCACACUAGACCAGGGUACUCAGAGUCCCAUCCAGUCUGGUCUUGAGCACUCCAGGGAUGGGGAGUCCACAACCUCUCUGAGCAGCCUGUGCCAUUGUCUCAGCACCCUUGUAGGAAGCUGUGAGCAAUGGUUGUAAGAAACAAUGCAGUUGCCUUGAAUUUGAGAAAGCCUUUUUAACUUCUCUGUUUAACAGAGUGUUAGCAGUAGCUGCAGUCAGCCAGGACAAGUGAGUUAGUGUGGAAGAGCCUGUUGUAGUCUUUCCUCUUCAGGACCCUUACCUGCCACUGGAGAAAUCUGCCUUCUACUGAAUGCAGUUUAGGAGAUGGUUGUUGGUUGGGUUUGGUUUUUUUUCUCCUGAUCAUCACAAAACCUUCUCUUGGAGAGCUAAUUCUAGACUUGAUGAUGCUGGUGGUCAGGGCAUGGAUGGAAGAGCUGGAUGUUUGGGAUCUGGCAAGGCAUGCAGCUCUCCAUUUGCUUCCUGCUGCUGCGAGAGUUACCAAGGCUUCCUAAAUGAUGGCAUGUGUGUCAGGAACUGUGCAUGUUGUGCACCUCUAUACUCCACUCCUGCUAGCCUGUUGCAGUUCAUUCUCGUUCACAGUAAUAAGCUUAUUUAUUGUUUACCUAGUGAGUCUAAUCAAGUCCUUUUGAGAAUUUCAGCUUGGGAUUCUCCUGCCUCACUUUUGUCAUUAGGCUGCUAGAGUAACUCAUCUGGGUGGGAACAAAAUUGCUGGCACCUGAAGUAUUGCCCACCAGACUGGGUUGAGUAUCCAUGUAUCUGUGUCACUGCAAAGGGCUGGAAAGACCCUAGUGAAGGUUGAAUAAUUCUGUAGCAAAAUGUUAGCAUUUCCUCCAGAAUCUGUGAUAUAAUCAGUGUUGCUCUGAAAGAAUCCACAGUUAAGUGCAUUGUAUGGAAAAUAACGGUUGUGACUGUCUCAAGUACAGAAACUAACUGCAGGUAGGUACAGAGGGAAGAAAUGGAAUAAGCCAGAGGGACUGCUGGAAUCCCACAAUGUUGUAGAGGAACUGUGUUGAAGCUGGAUGGCGAUUUCUGUUAAAACACGAUGUUAUUACUUAGUGAAAGAAGAUUGUAGGGUUUUUUACUUUAUCGGUUUUGUUUGAAAAAAAAUGGUAGUUUUGAGAUGUGUAUGAGUGCACAAGUGUGGUAUGAAACCAGAAUAUUUCAUCUAGCACCUCUGUCCCUAUUUAAAGUACAGCUCUGUGGACUUAAACAACUGUAGUGUGGGUUUGUGUAAGAGCACAUUCCUCAUUCUGGGGUUCAGAUCCUCCAGGCAGCUCCCAGGUACUGAUCUUUGUGCAGUGUCCUUCUUUGGGAGCCAGAUCUGCCAUUUUGCUUCCACCGAUGAGUCAUGGUUAGGGAGGACCCAAAUCACACAUGUGCCAGAGAGAAUUCAGCUGGCACUGCACAUUGUCCUGUGCUGGUGGAAUUCUGCAUCUGCUCCACUGAGUUCCUGAACGCUGCCCGGGAUAGGGAGGAGUAGCAACGUUGCUCUUCACUAGCCGGAGGCAAGAUUUUCUCCUUGCACAACACCCAGAUUUGAUUCCGUAGCUGACCAAACGCAAAGAUCCCUGCCGGGGUGAAUCGCUGCACCCUGAGCCCCCAGCCCUGCUGCCCCUGCGUUGACUGAGUUAGAUAGAAAUGCUCGCCUGGGAAAUCCUGAACUAGGAGCAAAGGGAAAGGUGUGCCUGCCCCGAGGGAGGGAGGCUCCAUAGCUGUGGGUACAGGCCGGGUGCAGGGGAAGGGGCUCCCCAGCACCCUGCAGUGUACAGAGCAGACCCAGCGGAUUCCUGUUGUACAGCAGAUGCUGUUUGAACGUAGUCUCUUUUUUUUAUUAUUAUAAUUAUUUUUAAAUGUGACAUUAACGAGACUUUUUUUUUUUUGUAAAUUGUUUACCCUUUCUGUGUAUAAAUCCUGGCCGCUCCUUGUUUCAGUUUGGGGUUUUUUUUGUUUGGUUUUUUUUUUUUUUACAUGUCCAUGCUGUGUAAUUUUGAGAUGUUACUGAACUUCUGAACAUAAUAAUGUGCAUUUUUUUUUCUGUACAGAUGAAAUGGGAGAAUUUAAUAAAAAGAGUCUGCAGGUUUGUA